UCCAACCAAGAUUGUGAAAAGUUAUGGAUGAGUGAUGGUGAGCGAGAGAGCAUUUGUAUCCAAGGCAAAGGCUUUAGAUGUUAUGUGAAAACCAUUUUGUGUCAUGUGUUCACAUGGAAUACAUAUUACUUACAUAUGUAGGAUGAAAAAGUACAUCAAGGUCCGUCCCGAGGGAGCACCAAACAAUCUCUAACCUGCAGUCGGGGAAUAAGUUAAUGUAACUGUAGAUUUGCUUAAGUACAUGCCAGGGAGGUUUUCCAUGUGGAUGUCUGUGAAGUGCACUGAGUUUUAACAUGUAUGAAGGUACUGUAUUAUAACCUAACGGACAUAUGCUGAAGGAGAUUCAUGCGUUAGCUUGUGAAUAAAUGCUCAGUAUUUGAUUUGAUUUUUUUAUGAAUGUAUGAAUAUCCUGAUCAUUAACCCACAAAUAAGCUCUUCGCCAUGGGGCUAUUUUCAUCUUUCAUCCUAUAUGUUGUUUGGUUAUAUACAUGUUGUGUUCAUGGGUUUGCUCGAGAAAAAAAUAUUUGCAGGCAAAAAUGUUUUAACAAGUGUUCAGUUUCAAAUUGGCUCCAGCCUGGACGCUCCGCCUGCUUUCGCUGAGGAUAUUGACUUUCCCGCAAGUUAAAGUAUUUAAAUGUAGAGGGAGACAGAUGCUGUAUGUGGACUGGAGGCGACCACAAGACACACACGUGUGGGCGGAAGGUUGAUGUUGGGAGUUUUUACUAUCUGCGCACCUAAUAGAGAGAGACAGCUGUGGCAACAUCGCUGUGACUGCACAGAAAGCAAAUAAAUCCGCGCUAUCACUCAUGGAAUUCCUUUAUCAACUCUUUUUCUCUCUUUUUCUUUUAACUUUUUCUUUUUAAUUUAAUCACGUCGUCUUAGGGAAUCGCCGGAGCGCGUCUUACCGCUGAUGCGUAAAGCGCCGUGCGUAAACAUUCAAAAUCACCACUCCGCUGUGCCUGAGAAGCCGAUCCAAGACUUGCACUGCCGAGUGAGUGAUUGACACGCAGAGGAUUAGCGGAGCUGGUUCGGUGACAGCGACACUUUCUCCGGACAUUCAGUUUGGAUUGGCACCGCGGCGCCUCUCGGUCCCCUGUGCGUGUAUCAGUGGAGCGGCGAGCGGAUCCUCUUCACCCGCGCGGGACCCUGACAGUUUUUGGAUCUCUUAAUUGUCAGGGCUAUCCCCUUCUAUGUGCAGCAAGAGGAACAUAAAUCUGGGCUGACAUUCCCAUCAGGAGGAACAGAAUUUCCGAGGGCUUCUAGUGGCGCAUCAGUGGAGUAUUCAUGAAGCAAUAUUUGAACUAUUACAAGAUGAGGCUGAGAACAUCGAGGUUAGGUUAUCUGUUACUUCAGUUCACGGCGCUUUGCUUUUACGCACAGAACUCCGCGCAGUCACCUCCCAACUUCAAGCACCACGUCACCGAGCAGAGCCGCCUGUCGGACCGCACGAGCCGCCGGCUGACCCGCACCUACCAGCUGUACAGCCGCACCAGCGGCAAACACGUCCAGGUGCUGGCCAACAAGCGGGUCAACGCCAACGGAGACGACGGGGCCGUGCACGCUAAACUGGAGGUUGAGACGGACUCUUUUGGAAGUCGUGUUCGUAUUAAAGGGGUGAAGACAGGAUAUUACAUAUGCAUGAACAAGCGGGGGAAGCUGAUCGGCAAGCGGAAAGGACGAGGCAAAGACUGCAUCUUCACCGAGAUUGUUCUGGAAAACAACUACACGGCUCUCCAGAACGCCAAGUACGAGGGCUGGUAUAUGGCUUUCACACGCAAGGGCCGCCCAAGGAAGGCCUCCAAGACCAAGCAGCAUCAGAGGGAGGCCCACUUCAUGAAGCGUCUACCCAGGGGGCAUUUGCUGAGUGAGAGGAGACCGUUUGAUGUCCUUCCUCUCCCUGUCCCUGUGCACCCUUUCAGCAAACGGACUAAACAUUCCCAUCACCAGCGCUCAGGGGGCCGCUGAGGACUGAAACCACUGAGGGAGAACUGUGGAUGAACCAGCACGAGAACCACUACGAGAGAAAAAACAAGUGCUCCCAGCCACAUUAACUUUUACAGUCAAGUGCCCAUACACUAUUUGCCUCGUUUUUUGGACUUAUUAUGUAAUACUUUGUACUGGAUUGUAUGUAAACAAUCUAAUAUCUAAUCUGCUAGUUAUUUCCAAUUCAGUCAGAUUUUAGGAAAAUUGUUUGUUUGUUUUUCUCUCAUGAAAUCAGGGGGCAUUUACAGGACUGAAGAGCUCAACUACAUUGACAUGAAUGAAAACCUUUGGUUAGACGUUGGCCAGCUCCGCAACAAAGAAAGUUUGACGAGAGAAAUGAGUACAAUGCAGCUAGACACGGCAGCUAUCUGUGGAUUUUCUUGUGGUCACUGCAUCUGAGUCCCAGAUGACAUGCUAUCUUGCCUUCAGGAGGAUUUGGGAGAAUUUUAACCAGUUUUUUUUUUUCUACAUAUAUAAAUAUAUUUUUACUGUAAAAAUGUAAAUUGCGUCAAAUGAUGGAAAUAUUUAUUGUAGAGUGUAUAUUAAAACCACUAAA